UUCUGUGAAGUGCUCUAAAUGCAGGAGUCGUCUGCUCCAUGGAAAAAUUUGUUUUCAGGUCUAAUGGACUGUGCUAAAGGAGACGUGGGGUGGGGCUUCACUCACUGCUGUAAUUUGAUCCAGAGCAGAUAGCAACCUCUUCCACACAAUUUGGUCUGGUGCUUGCACAUAAAAGCUUGAGUAUCUCGAUUAUUGUAACUUUGUUAGCUGAAAAGAAGCUGGUGCAGCGUUCAUUUUCUUUAUUGGUAGUGGGAGGGAGGGGGAGAGAGAAAGGACACAUUGCAGCCUGCAAAGUAAUGUAGGUAAAUAACUGGAGUGCCUGUGUGCUUAGACUGUCCAUAAUUUGACUUGCUAGAAGUUUGUUUUAGCAGGCUAUCAGAAGCAUUUUUCUCAUAUAAAAUCCUGAUGCAGUGUCCUCUUUUGCUUCUGUGACCUAAUGUUUUGGUGUUUUGUCCUUGCUGGUGAGGUAGCUCCACGCUCUACAAUAAAUUCAUGGGAUUUUUCAACGUUUUGGGCUGCCCUUGCAUCUUGGACCUCCGGAAUGGCCCAGUGCAGCAUGUGGAAACCUAAAUAAAUAAUUCAUUUAUUAAUAUAGGAAGUUGCUCUUGUGCCCAAGUACAGUUCAAGAAUUUUCUAAUGUAAAAGGUCAUCCCUGAACCAUGGAGGUGCUGCAGUGUGAUGGCUGCGAUUUUCGAGCUCCAUCCUAUGAAGACCUAAAAGCUCACAUUCAGGAUGUUCACACUGCUUUUCUGCAGCCAACGGAUGUCUCUGAAGAAAGCCCUAGUCAGCCAAGGUCUGGCUCCAUGAAUGCUAGCAACCAGACCGAGGUUGAAUUUUCCUCUGUAAAGGAUGAAUUUACAAUUGCAGAUGAAAUAGCAGGGCAAAAUGCAGCAACUCAGAUGGGGACUGGAAGUUACUAUAGCCAGAGCCAGAGUUUCUAUGGUCAGCAUAUGGCUCCAAAUCCUAAACCAACCAACAAGUUUUUCCAGUGCAAGUUCUGUGUGCGUUACUUCCGUUCCAAAAACCUCCUCAUAGAGCACACACGCAAAGUUCACGGAUCACAGGCUGGGGGGAGCUCAGUGGGGCCACCAGCCGCUGGUUCCCUAAAUUACAACAUCAUGAUGCAUGAGGGGUUUGGCAAAGUUUUCUCUUGCCAGUUCUGCACCUACAAAUCACCCAGGCGUGCAAGGAUUAUUAAGCACCAGAAAAUGUAUCACAAGAACAACCUGAAAGAGAGUUCAACUCCCCCUGCUGCUGCUGCUGCUGCUAUAUCUGAAUCGACGUCUGCCUCUGUACCUGUGCAAGAGCCCUGCAAGGAACUGCCUGCGGAGGUGGUUGAGAGGAGCAUUUUGGAAUCGAUGGUCAAGCCCCUGACAAAGUCCAGGGGCAACUUUUGCUGUGAAUGGUGCAGCUACCAGACGCCUCGGAGGGAGCGCUGGUGUGACCACAUGAUGAAGAAGCACCGCAGCAUGGUAAAAAUACUUUCAAGCCUGAGGCAGCAACAAGAAGGAACUAGUGCACCUGAUGUGCAGAGUAAGAGCGCCCAGAAUGCCUCCCCAAACUCUAAUUAUAUCUCCAUGAAUACGACAGGACGUGAGAUGCCGAACGCUAAUGUCUCAAACUUCAGAAGCUCUGUGGGCAAUUCCCUUAUGAGGCCAAACUCCUCUACAUCCUCCAAGUUUUCUUCUGUGUCUUAUCCUCAAAUGAAGCCUAAGUCACCUCACAACUCGGGCAUGGUUAAUUUGUCCGACAGAUCCCGCUAUGGGAUUGCUGAUAUGACGAAUUCUUCUGCUGACUUGGAAACAAACAGUAUGCUAAAUGACUCCAGCUCAGAUGAAGAGCUAAAUGAAAUGGACAGUGAGAAUGGCUUGAACUCCAUGGAUCACCAGACCUCAGGAAUGUCUGCAGAGCAGCUGAUGGGUUCUGAUGGCAACAAACUUUUGGAGACAAAGGGGAUUCCCUUUAGAAGGUAUAUGAACAGAUUCCAGUGUCCUUUUUGCCCUUUCCUGACAAUGCAUCGCCGAAGCAUCUCCCGUCACAUUGAGAACAUCCACCUCUCUGGGAAGACAGCUGUAUACAAGUGUGAUGAAUGCCCUUUCACCUGCAAGAGUUCAUUAAAGCUUGGAGCCCAUAAGCAGUGUCAUACAGGUGCAACACCAGACUGGGACACCGUGAACUCUCAAAGCGAAAGCAUUGCCGCCUCUUUGAAUGAGAGCACAAUUUCUUAUGAGACUGGAAAUAUAAAUGGCAGGAAGUCAGCUGGGAUGAUGGAACCGAUGCCGCCGCAGCAGCAGCAGCAGCAGCAGUCACCCCAACCCCAUUCACAGCAUCCCUACAAGUGCACAAUGUGCAACUAUUCUACCACGACUCUGAAAGGCCUCAGAGUUCAUCAGCAGCACAAGCACUCGUUCUGUGACAACUUGCCAAAGUAUGAUGGACCGCCAUCCAACACACCACAAGAAAGUGAGGCAGAUGUGCACACCUCUGCCAGCACAGUGAAGAAAAGCCAGACCUCAAUUCUUGGUCUCUCAUCUAAAAAUAACUUUGUUGCAAAGGCCCCCCGCAAGGUGUCAAAUGACUUUCCUUUGGAUCUCUCACCUGUGAAAAAGAGAACGAGAAUUGAUGAAAUAGCAAGCAAUCUGCAGAGCAAAAUCAGCCAAAACAAACAGCAAGAAGAUGCUGUGAUUAAUGUAGAGGAUGAUGAGGAAGAGGAGGAAGACAACGAGGUGGAGAUAGAAGUGGAGCUGGACAGAGAAGAAGAGCAAACAGAACCAAUGAUAGAGGUUUCGAGUUCUUACGCACCCCAGCAAAUGUGGGGGAGAGAGGCUAAUGAUUCCCAGAAGGAGACAAACUUCAGAAGCAUGCAGCAUGAUUAUAAUUCCACCAAUGGAGCAGAAAUUGAGCUCACUUUAUCUGAAGAUGAGGAAGAUUAUUAUUCUUCUGUCAGCAUGAAAGACCAUCAGAGUCCUAACGCCUCUGUUCUGGGGAGCCAGUCAAACAUGUAUGGUGCCGAUCAGAACAAUGAGAAUGCAGAGUUUAAUGACUCUGGCAGGCUUUAUUAUUGUAAACACUGUGAUUUCAGCAACAAAUCUGCCCGGAGUGUUAGCACUCACUACCAGCGGAUGCACCCCUAUAUUAAAUUCAGCUUUAGAUAUAUCUUGGAUCCCAAUGAUCACAGUGCGGUAUACCGAUGUCUUGAGUGCUAUAUUGACUACACAAACUUUGAAGACCUGCAGCAGCAUUAUGGAGAGCAUCACCCUGAAGCUAUGAAUGUACUGAACUUUGAUCACUCUGAUCUGAUCUACCGCUGUCGCUUCUGCUCUUAUACAAGCCCGAAUGUUAGAAGCCUGAUGCCACAUUACCAAAGAAUGCAUCCUACAGUGAAAAUUAACAAUGCAAUGAUAUUUUCAAGCUAUGUUGUUGAGCAGCAAGAAGGGCUGACCACAGAGUCUCAGACACUGAGAGAGAUCUUGAAUUCUGCACCAAAAACUAUGGCAACCUCCACCCCCGUGGCUCGUGGGGCUGGUAUGCCAGCUGGUUUUACCAAAAGUGCCGCCAAGAGUUUUAGUCCUGAAUGUGAAAAUCAGAAGGAGCCUUCAGUCAAUACUGUGGUUGUUUAUGACUGUGAUGUGUGUUCAUUUGCAAGCCCCAACAUGCAUUCAGUUCUAGUGCAUUACCAGAAAAAGCACCCUGAAGAAAAGGCAUCUUAUUUCAGAAUUCAGAAGACCAUGCGUGUAGUUUCUGUUGACAGGGGCUCUGCCCUGGCUCAGAUGUCUUUUGAGAUGGGGACGCCUGUCUCCCCAAAACUGUCUAACUUGGCUUCUCAACCUCCACCUCCACCUCCCCCAGAGCUUGCUACUGAACUCUACUAUUGCAAACACUGUUCGUACAGCAACCGCUCAGUUGUGGGAGUGCUUGUCCACUACCAGAAAAGACAUCCAGAAAUAAAGGUCACUGCCAAAUACAUUAGGCAGGCACCCCCCACAGCAGCAAUGAUGAGGGCUGGUGAGUUGCCACCUGGUAUUCAAAGGCCACCAGUGUCAAUGCAGUUGAGCCGGGGCAGUUCCGAGAGCUCCGCGAAUCCUCCAGAGAAUGAAAUGUUCUUCUGCCAACACUGUGAUUAUGGAAACCGAACCGUGAAAGGUGUGCUCAUUCAUUACCAAAAGAAGCAUCGUGACUUCAAAGCUAAUGCAGAUGUGAUUAGGCAGCAUACAGCUACCAUUAGAAGCCUUUGCGAUCGCAGCCAGAAGAAAUCAUCUGGCAGCAUGCCGGCUCACACCUCCAGCACCGAGCGGGACAAGUCAAAGCUGAGAGCCCUCAAAUGCAGGCAGUGUAGCUACACCUCACCUUACUUCUAUGCAUUGAGGAAGCAUAUCAAGAAAGACCACCCGACUCUAAAGGCCACAGUAACAUCCAUUCUGAGAUGGGCAUUUUUGGAUGGCUUGAUAGAAGCUGGUUAUCACUGUGAGUGGUGCAUUUAUUCACACAUGGAGCCAAGCGGUUUGCUUGUGCAUUACCAAAGGAGACAUCCUGAGCAUUAUGUUGACUAUACAUACAUGGCCACUAAACUCUGGGCAGGUCCUGAUCCUUCCCCUCCUGCUCUAGUGAUGCCAACAGAGACAAAGACCUAUAAAUGCAGAGAUUGCAUUUUUGAAGCAUCUUCCAUUUGGGAUAUUACUAAUCAUUACCAGGCUUUUCACCCUUGGGCCAUGAAUGGGGAUGAAUCUGUGUUGUUAGAUAUCAUUAAGGAGAAAGAUGCUGCUGAGAAGUCUGGCACGCAGCCCGAUGAAGCUGGGGCCAGGAUCAGUUCUGAAGACCAGAUUACAACGUCACAGAUGGAUCAGGAUGCAGAGUGUGCAGAGGACCCCAGUCUUUCCCAGGAAAAAACUGUCCAGCUGGCAUCUGCAAACCCUGCCAUUUCCUCCACUCCAUAUCAGUGUACGGUUUGUCAAUCUGAGUACAACAAUUUGCAUGGUCUCCUGACACACUAUGGGAAAAAACAUCCUGGCAUGAAAGUAAAAGCUGCAGACUUUGCUCAGGAUAUAGACAUUAACCCAGGAGCUGUAUAUAAGUGCAGACAUUGCCCAUACAUUAAUACACGCAUUCACGGUGUCCUCACACACUACCAGAAGCGGCACCCAUCAAUAAAGGUCACUGCUGAAGACUUCGUGCAUGACGUGGAACAGUCAAAUGACAUCACUCAGAACGAUGUGGAAGAGACGAGCAGGAUUUUCAAGCAAGGCUAUGGUGCUUAUCGGUGCAAACUGUGCCCUUAUACCCAUGGUACGCUGGAGAAGCUCAAAAUUCACUAUGAGAAAUACCACAAUCAGCCUGAAUUUGAUGUUUUUGCGCAGUCACCACCAAAGGUGUCUGCCUCAGUGGAGCCAGACAUAGUGACUGAAAUCAAGGCCUCCCCAGAAAUUGCUGCUGAGGAUAUCGGAGAAAUCUCUGUCGCAGCACCUCAUUUCUCCAGUUCUCAUUUAGUGUCUCACACAGUUUUCCGAUGUCAGCUCUGCAAAUACUUCUGUUCCACCCGGAAGGGGAUAGCCAGGCACUACCGCAUCAAACAUAACAAUGUCCGAGCACAGCCGGAAGGCAAGAACAACCUCUUCAAGUGUGCUCUGUGUUCCUACACCAACCCUAUCCGCAAGGGGCUUGCGGCACACUACCAGAAAAGACAUGACAUUGAUGCUUACUACACUCACUGCUUAGCAGCCUCCAGGACGGUAAGCGACAAACCCAAUAAAGUGAUCAUUCCAUCUCCUCCCAAAGAUGACACUCCUCAGUUAAGCGAGGAGCUGAGGAGAGCUGUGGAGAAGAAGAAAUGCUCACUUUGUUCCUUCCAGUCCUUCAGCAAAAAGGGUAUUGUGUCCCACUACAUGAAGCGUCACCCCGGUGUUUUCCCUAAGAAGCAGCACGCGAGCAAGCUAGGGGGUUACUUCACUGCUGUAUAUGCUGAUGAACAUGAAAAGCCAACUCCAGCUGAGGAGAGGAAUGACUUUGAAAAGCCUGAGGUGGAGAGCGAAGCUCAGGAAAUUGAGUGGCUUCCUUUCAGGUGCAUAAAAUGUUUCAAGCUCUCCUUCAGCACAGCAGAGCUGCUGUGCAUGCAUUACACUGACCACCACAGCAAGGAUUUGAAGAGAGACUUUACCAUACUGGGAAGUGGCACCCGCUCUCAUAAUGCUGUCUACCAGUGCAAGCACUGUGAUACUAAAUUGCAUAGCACAGCAGAGCUGACCUCACACUUGAGUAGUCACAACGAGGAAUUCCAGAAGCGUGCCAAACGUCAGGAGAGGAGGAAACAGCUUCUGAGCAAGCAGAAAUACGCGGAUGGUGCUUUUGCAGAUUUCAAACAAGAGAGGGCUUUUGGACACUUGGAAGAUGUUUCAAAACUUAAGGAGAGGAAAGUGGUUGGCUACAAAUGUAAAUUUUGUGUGGAAGUCCAUCCAACACUUCGCGCUAUCUGUAAUCACCUCCGCAAGCAUGUCCAAUAUGGGAAUGUCUCUUCUGUGUCAGCUACAGUAAAGCAGGAAGCUGAAGAUUCUUCAAACACAACUUUGAUGGAGGGUUGUGAGGGAGCCAAAGACCCUGGCAUUGUGGAAUUUACAGAAGCUGAAUCUGGAACAUCCUUGGAAGAUGAAACCAGGCCUGGGGGCUACCACUGCAGCCAGUGUGACCGGGUUUUGAUGUCUAUGCAGGGUCUACGAUCUCACGAGGGGAGUCACUUGGCUCUCGCCAUGUUUACCCGGGAAGACAAGUACAGCUGCCAGUAUUGCUCCUUUGUCUCAGCUUUCAGGCACAAUCUGGAUCGUCAUAUGCAGACCCAUCAUGGACACCAUAAGCCGUUCCGUUGCAAACUCUGCCCGUUCAAGUCCUCUUAUAACAGCCGCCUGAAAACCCAUAUACUCAAAGCUCAUGCUGACUCUUCAUACUCAGAGCCUCCUGAUGUUCAGCAGCAGUUGAACCACUACCAGUCUGCAGCUUUGGCCAGGAACAACAAUAAUAUCAGCCCAGUCCCACUUUCUGGGAGUGCUGCAGGAGUGGAAAAAACAGAAGCCAUCCUUAACUGUGAAUUUUGUGAAUUCUCCUCGGGUUACAUACAGAGCAUUCGGCGUCAUUACCGUGACAAGCAUGGAGGGAAGAAGCUCUUCAAGUGCAAAGAUUGUUCCUUUUAUACAGGCUUUAAAUCUGCUUUUACUAUGCACGUGGAAGCUGGGCAUUCGGCAGUUCCUGAGGAAGGACCCAAAGACCUUCGCUGUCCUCUUUGCCUAUAUCACACCAAAUACAAACGCAACAUGAUUGACCACAUAGUUCUGCACAGAGAAGAGCGGGUCGUUCCCAUUGAAGUCUGUCGUUCCAAACUGUCCAAGUACUUGCAGGGAGUUGUUUUCCGCUGUGAUAAGUGUACCUUUACCUGCUCCAGUGAUGAGAGCUUGCAGCAGCACAUAGAGAAGCACAAUGAACUGAAACCUUACAAAUGCCAGCUCUGCUACUAUGAGACCAAACACACAGAGGAGCUGGAUGCUCACCUUCGAGAUGAGCACAAGGUGAGUCGUAAUUUUGAGCUGGUUGGACGGGUUAACUUGGAUCAGUUGGAACAAAUGAAGGGGAAAACAGAAAGCUCCAGCAGUGAUGAGGAAGAAAAAGAAGAAGAGUUAAUCCCCAAGACUGAAGAGAGAGAUCCCAUGAUGUUUCCUGACAGCGGCGCCCUGGAGAAGCGCUUCCCGUGCGAGUUCUGCGGCCGGUCGUUCACAGAGGGCUCUGAGUGGGAGCGACACGUGCUGAGACACGGCAUGGCGCUGAACGAAUGCAAGCGCAGGAGCAGCGAGGACAGCCAGCUGAAGGAGGACGCGGAGGAGACUGUUAGCACACUGCCAGUGGAAGAAAAGGAAGGCAUUGAGAAAAUGCUAGUAGGAAGAAACAAAGCUGCUUUUAGGACUGAAUGA